AAAAUCCUGCGAUUAAGCAAAAACCCUCGCGCUUUCGGUCAAUUUUCAGGCCUCAUUGUGUUGGCGGCGAUGGCGAUGCAGCGGGCGCUGAGGGCGUACCUGGAAGUGCUGCGGCUUGUGCGACACCUCCCUCCGGAGACCCGGCCUUACUACUGCAAGUACGCCCGCGAGAAUUUCGUCAAUUACCGCGACCUGGACGAGUCGGCCUCCCUCGACGAGCUGCUGCAGCGCGCCUACGCCCACAGCACCUGGGUCCUCGACAAGUACGCCGUGGAUCAAUUGGCCGCUAACAAGCUGAAGCAGAUCUGCAGCAAUUGAGCAGAUGAGCGGGCAGUCUCUUUGCCUUCCAGGUAUUUGUUGUUAUUCCCCACUCAGGAUUAUGCUAUCCUUUUCGAUCACUUGUUACUGCCGCUGGUCGUGGAGUUGCUAGCUGUGCUGAAUAAUCUCAGUGAAUUCUCUGAUCGAUUGUUUUGAUUACUGGUUCUGUUCCUCUUCCUUAAUGGAUUCUUGUGUUGUGAAAUG